AUGAAUUGGUCAAAUAUUAACUUUCUUGAUCUACCUAAUGAAAUAUUAUUUAUCAUUUUAAAAAAACUUGACAAUAUGGAUGUUCUCUAUUCGUUAUUGAACGUCGAUAAUCAACGACUUGAUAUGGUAGUACAAGAAAAAAUGUUCACCGAGAAUCUCAACUUCAUAAUAACAACGUCUACUGGUGAAAUUUUUCCGAUUGCUGAUAACAUCAUUGAUCGAUUUUGUAAAAAUAUAUUGCCAAGAAUUAAUAAUAAUAUUAAAUCUCUUAUUCUUGAAUCAGGAUCAAUGGAACGUAUUCUUCUUGCUGCCAAUUAUGCUAAUCUAACUGAAAUUAAACUUUUCAAUUUCACUGACAAAAUCUUCUCACGUUACUUUAAAGUCAACUCACCAUUUCAUCGUAUUUUUCCACAGCAAAUUACAGAUCUAAUCCUUGUUUACAAACAAAGUCAUCACAUAUUUUCAAUGGAACAAUAUACAAACGAAUUACACAAAAAUAUUUUUAAUUUUUUCAAAAAUCUACAACAUCUAUCACUUAAUGAAUCAUGUUUAUUUUUAUCAUUUCGUAAUUUAUCUUUAAGAACUUGUUCUUCUUCAAAUCUUAAGAAAUUAUGUAUUGCUGUAAAACGUUUUGAUGAUUGUCUCGCUUUACUUGAUGGUCGUCUCAAGGAGUUGACUACGUUUAUUCUUGACAUUUGUACUGUGAAUGAUAAUAUAUCAGCUGUUUACAAUAUGGAUGAUCUACCUAAUUUGAAAUGCUUUUCAUUGAUAUGUGAUUGCUCAGGAAAACAAUAUGAUAGUAAAAUUGUACCUCUUCUUCGUCGUAUGUUCAAUCUUGAAGAAUUAACUUUGAAUAUUAUAAUUGAGAAUCGAACUAGAUUUAUUGAUGGUACUCAUCUUAAAAAUGAAGUUUUUGCUCGCAUGCCAUGGCUUUAUAAAUUUACUUUUCAUAUCAGUACCGAAACUAAACUUCAACAUUUAGUUCAUGGCUUAUCGAGCGAUGAUAUUCAACAAACGUUUAGUAACAUUGGAUAUAAACAAGUGGCCUGUAUCAUAAACCAUUGUUAUACAAAUGCAGAUUGUCAUGUUUUUUCAUUACCACCUGUGUUUGAUACUCUCCAUUCUAUUGGUAAUACAUUUCCCUCCAUCGUUUUCAGUUACGUUACGUUUUUACUGAUUCACGAUGAUGUUCCAUUCAAGCAUGAAUUUUUUCUUCAAGUAGCCAAGUUUUUUCCAUCACUUAAAAGAUUGAAUGUUUUGAAUAUAAAAUCAGAGUCACAAAUAUCAGACAAUAUUGCCUCUACCGAUAAUCAAUUGUCUUCAAUUGUUGAAUAUCCUCAUCUUAUUUCGCUUCAUCUCGGUCUAUCUCAUACUGAUUAUUACGAGCAAUUUCUUAAUAAUACAAGAACACAUCUACCUCGUCUAACUCAAUUAAAAGUCAAUUAUACACGAUUAACGUUUGUAACAGAAAACUUUACAAGAGAUGCAACUCGGCUCAACUGUACUAAUGUAAAACGGCUAUUGAUUCGUGAACAACUAGUACAUUCGAAAGAUUUUUAUAUCUACUUUCCUGUUGUAACUUCGUUUUUGCACCCGCUAGAUUAA